GUGGGACGCUGAUGUCACCGGUUGGUUCAUGGUUGGCAUUAAAAGCACAAGAAGCAGGGAGGCACUCCUCCAUUCCUCACGCUCCUCCCGUACGCCAAAAUGUCCAACGGGUCUUUGGGCUUGACGCCCUACGUGAGCCUGGACACGUUUGUCAUCCCGCCGGGAGCCAAGUACCCCAUCUUCUUCGCGGGCCUCCUCCUCUACCUGUUCUGCGUCUCGUGCAAUGCGACGCUGCUGGGCGUGAUUGCGCUUCGCCGCAACCUGCACAAGCCCGUCUACUUCAUCCUGCUCAGCCUGCCGCUCAACGACCUGAUGGGCAUCACGGCCAUGCUGCCCAAGGUGCUGUCGGGCGUGCUGAGCGAGAGCAACCGCAUGGCGUACCCGUUGUGCGUGCUGCAGGCCUUCCUGCUGCACCUCUACGGCGGCGGCAUCCUCUUCAUCCUGGCCGCCAUGUCCUUCGACCGCUACGUGGCCAUCUGCAUGCCGCUGCGCUACAGUGCCGUGGUGACGCCCAGGGUGGUGGUCGGCGUGGUCACCCUGGUGUGGGCCUUGGACUUCGCCCUGAUCACGUUGCUGUUCUCCUUGCAGAGCAGACUGCCGCGCUGCCGCUCGGCGGUGGCCAACGUCUUCUGCGACAACCCCUCGCUGCUCAAGCUCACGUGCGGCGACACGUCCGUCAACGACGUGGUGGGGCUGGUGAACACGGCCGUCAUGCAGGCCCUCAGCGUGUCCGUCCAGGCCUUCUCCUACACCAGGAUCCUGAUCACCUGCAUGGUGACCAGGCACAGCGACGCCAAGAAGAAGGCGGUCAACACGUGCGUGGCUCAGCUGCUCAUCCUGGUCAUCUUUGAGAUCGUGGGCACCUUCACCAUCUUGUCGCACAGGUUCCGGAGCGUACCGCGUGACGUGCAGAAGAUCAUGGGCGUGCUGAUAUUUCUCAUCUCGCCGCUCCUCAACCCGCUGGUCUACGGGCUGUACACCAGCGAAAUACGAAACACGCUGCUCAGGGUUUGGAGAAACCGAGUCAGAGGCUUCUAG